AGUUUUUCAUCGGCUACUUCUCCUGCUUUUCAUCUUUCGUCUUUGAUAGUCUUUCUGUUCAUCGCUCUCGAUCCUUGAACCAUGUCGGCCUUCACAAGCAAGUACGCCGAUGAGCUGAUUGCUAACGCUGCCUACAUCGGUACCCCUGGAAAGGGUAUCCUUGCCGCUGAUGAGUCAACUGGUACAAUCGGCAAGCGUCUCGCUAGCAUCAACGUCGAGAACGUUGAGGACAAUCGACGAGCUCUCCGUGAACUCCUCUUCACCACUCCUGGUGCUCUCCAAUACCUCAGCGGUGUCAUCCUCUUCGAGGAAACCCUCUACCAGAAGGCUUCCACUGGCAAGCCUUUUGUUGACAUUUUGAAAGAGGGUGGAGUCCUCCCAGGUAUCAAGGUCGACAAGGGUACCGUCGAGCUCCCCGGCACAAACGGUGAGACCACCACCCAGGGUCUCGAUGGCCUCGGUGACCGAUGCAAGAAGUACUAUGAGGCUGGUGCCCGUUUCGCCAAGUGGCGUGCUGUCCUCAAGAUUGGCCCGAACGAGCCAUCCGAGCUAGCCAUCCACGAGAACGCGUACGGGUUAGCAAGAUACGCCGCCAUCUGCCAAGAGAACGGUCUCGUCCCCAUUGUCGAGCCCGAGAUCCUCGUCGAUGGACCCCACGACAUCCACAAAUGCGCUGCCGUCACCGAACGCGUCCUCGCGGCCUGCUACAAAGCCCUGAACGACCACCAUGUCUUGCUCGAAGGGACCCUUUUGAAACCCAACAUGGUCACACCUGGGUCUGAGAGUGCCAAGGUGGCACCCGAGGUCGCAGCUGAGCACACGGUCCGUGCCCUACAAAGAACCGUCCCAGCAGCUGUCCCAGCCAUUGUGUUUUUAUCUGGUGGACAGAGUGAGGAAGAGGCGACACUCAACCUGAAUGCCAUGAACCAGCUGAAGGGUAAGAAGCCAUGGUCACUGUCCUUCUCAUUCGGCCGUGCCCUUCAGCAGAGCACGCUCAAGGCUUGGGCCGGGAAAGACGAGAACGUGACAAAGGCGCAAGAAGCGUUCAUUGUGAGGUGUAAGGCUAACUCGGAAGCCACACUCGGAACCUACAGGGGUGAUGCCAAGCGUGGGGAAGGAGCUGAUGAGAGCCUCCACGUGAAGGACUACAAGUACUGAGUAUGGGAUCAUCAUCAUCAACAUGGGUGUGUUUUAUAUAAUCCUGGAUAUAUUUCUAGGGUUUUAGACAAACUUUCGUUUUGGGUUUUUUGUUUUGUUGUGUUUUUUUUUUCAUAUGGGGUUUUUUUAGGUUGAAUGUUUAAAAAGAGCCCACCAAAUAAAAAGUUUUAUGAAGAAGGGUGUGCCUUCUGAAAACAUGUUUA